AUGUUGCAGGAAUCUGGGCUACCGCAGAAUCUGUGGGGGGAAGCUCUGCUAGCCACAAACUAUAUCCUCAACAAAAUACCACACAAAGUAACUGGCAAAACGCCAUAUGAGUUGUGGAAAGGUUCAGAACCUUCUUACAAAUACUUGAAAGUGUGGGGGUGCUUAGCAAAAGUUCAAGUACCGCCUCCUAAGAAGGUUUCGAUUGGGCCUAAAACGGUGGACUGUAUUUUCAUUGGAUAUGCGCACAACAGUAGUGCUUAUCGGUUUCUGGUACACAAAUCAGAUAUAGCCGAUAUCCAUGCAAAUACAAUAAUCGAAUCAAGGAAUGUGUCAUUCUUUGAGAAUAUCUUUCCAUGUAAAGAUAGGCAGAAGCUGAAGCGAACUCAUGACGCAAUUGUGCCUGCGAAUGAGGCUAGUACAUCUGGUACUUCAGUAAAUGAAGCAGAAGAAAAUGAAGUUGAACCUAGGCGUAGCAAGAGAGUUCGUAAGGACAAAUCAUUUGGUGAAGAAUACUUAGUGGUAUUUCUCUGUGAGAAUGAACCAAGGACAUAUUCUGAAGCCAUGUCUACACCAGAAGCAGACUUAUGGAAAGAAGCUGUAAACAGUGAAAUGGAUUCUAUUCUGCAGAACCAUACUUAUAUAAUCACUGAUUUACCUCCAGGGUUUAAAGCUUUAGGAUGUAGAUGGAUCUUCAAAACGAAGAUCAAAACUGAUGGAGCUAUUGAUAAGUACAAGGCAAGACUUGUGGUGCAAGGAUUCAGACAAGUCGAAGGUCUAGACUUCUUUGACACUUAUUCUCCGGUGACGAGAAUAACUUCAAUCAGAAUAUUGAUAGCUAUUGCAUCUCUGAGAGACCUGGAAAUCCAUCAGAUGGAUGUAAAAACAGCUUUCCUUAAUGGUGAUUUAGAAGAGGAAAUCUAUAUGAAACAACCUGAAGGUUUCGUGACACCAGGUCAAGAACACAAAGUUUGUAAACUUGUGAAAUCGCUGUAUGGAUUGAAACAAGCUCCGAAGCAAUGGCAUGAAAAAUUUGACCAUGUGAUGAUGUCAAAUGGAUUCAGUAUCAAUGAAUGUGACAAAUGCAUCUACGUCAAAAACACUCCCAGCGGGUACGUUUUGCUGUGUCUGUAUGUUGACGACAUGCUCAUCAUGGGCAGUAACAAGGAUAUAAUCCAACAAACCAAGAACAUGCUUAAGGGUCAGUUUGACAUGAAAGACAUGGGUCUUGCGGAUGUUAUUCUUGGUAUUAAGAUCACAAGGACUUCUGAGGGUAUCACCUUAUCUCAGGAGCAUUAUGCUGAAAAAAUACUUGAGCGUUUCAAGAAUUAUUCGAAUGGAACUGCGAAAACUCCAGUGGAUACACAACUGCACUUGACUAAGAACUCUGGUGAAGCAGUGUCACAAGUUGAGUAUGCAAGGGUUAUUGGAAGUCUGAUGUACUUAACCAAUUGUACCAGACCGGAUUUAGCACAUGCAGUGAACGUAUUAAGUCGUUACACAAGCAAUCCUGGUCAUACACACUGGAAAGCCAUAACAAGAGUGUUAAAUUAUGUGAGACACACUAAAAGUUAUGGAUUGCACUAUGGUAAAGAACCUGCAGUCUUGGAAGGAUACAGUGAUGCAAACUGGAUAUCAGACUCAAAGAACUCAAAGUCCACAAGUGGAUAUGUCUUUACACUAGGAGGUGCAGCAAUAUCUUGGAAAUCUUCCAAACAAACUCUACUGGCAAGAUCAACAAUGGAAUCUGAGUUCAUCGCUUUAGAUAAAGCAGCAGAGGAAGCAGAGUGGCUUCGGAAUUUCUUGGAAGAUAUUCCAAUGUGGGAGAAACCAGUACCGGCACUGCGUAUACAUUGUGAUAGCCAGUCGGCUAUAGCCCGGGCACUGAAUACUCUCUAUAAUGGCAAAUCUCGUCACAUCAGGAGACGACAUAAAACCAUUAGACACUUGAUCACAACCGGUGUAAUCUCGGUCGAUUACAUUAAAUCAGCUGAUAACCUAGCGGAUCCGUUUACAAAAGGUUUGACAAGAGAUCAAGUUUUGAAAUCAUCUAAGGGAAUGGGUCUUUUGCCUAUGACAAAAGAGGAUGUUUGA